AUGACUAGUAAUCACAGUUCAAGACUUAAUGCCACAGUUAUAAACAUACAUUCACCAGACAAUCAAACGCAUUCCCCUGAACUGGACUCUCAGCGCCGACCCUCUGCAAAUUCUAAUGCCACCCGUCAAGCGCCCUCAAAGCCUUCACCAAAGGUUGAAGAGUACAGGAAGAUGAUUCAGCAUAUCAUAAACAAAAUACUUAAACGAAAACGGCCCCCUACUGCACUUUUCCAUCUGAGCGAAUACUGCAGAACGACUGAAGUAACCGAUCAAUUUGACAAUGAUGACACGAUUGAUCUUUUGAUUCAAUUAAGGUCCGCUUUAUUGGUAUGCCAUAAUGUCGGUUUGAGUAGCCCGUCCCGAUCAGCCGAAGGUGUUUCUUCCGCUUCGCCAAAUUUAGUAUCUAAGAUCGAAAAAAAGACCGACUUCGAGACGAUACUACAUGUCCUGAGUGACUUAGUACUAAAUGACAGCCGAUUUAAAACAGCAAACCCAAAGCCAUCUCGACCACCCUUUACAAUGCAGACAAUAUUGAUUGAUAUCGCUUUAUUACUAGUCCAAAUUCGGGAUGAUUCAGCUGGGUUAUAUCACAUUGGAUCUGUAUUUUUACCCGCGUUCGAAGCUUUUUCAAAUGGUACUUUGCUAGGAAAACUUCUUUCACUGUACUUGGAUAAUUUGUUACCCAAGUUAAUGAAGUGUAAAGACGAGACAAAGUCUCAAGCCGAACAUAAAACCCUCCCCAAAACUGAUAACAAAUCUCAUCUUAUACCACCAUUAACGCAAAAUACACCCACCAUUAAUAUCCAAAGCCCUGAACCUGAAUCCAGCACUGUACCUUUAAAAUUGUCUCAGCUUACCAUUGAUACAAGACCUUACUCGGCAGACGUUAUUAACCCGUCUUCACCACUUUCACCGCCUGCUCUUAGUACGCAUAGUAGUAUGCAAGGUCAGACGAUCGACAAUUACCAUGCGUAUGCUUUAUUCACCCCACUCUUGUUUUUUAUGAUCCAAUAUUUGGAUCCCUACUUGGCAGCACAACCUAACAAAAGUCAGCAAGAAAAUCUCACGCAUACCCUCACAAGCCAAGCCAAUUCGAUCCACAACUUCCAUCGAGCUCUUUCUUUCAUGAUGAGUUGUAAGCCUGAUCUUUAUCUCGACAUCCUUCAAGUCAUUUCCCAUAGCACUCCUGAAGUCAAAUUCAGAGCAUGUCAAAUUUUAAUGUAUUACUAUUUUGAAAGUGUAGGCCAUAUAACGGUGGCAGAUCCAUUACCCUUAUUGGGGACACGGGAAGAACUUGAAGUUCUGGAUCAAAGACGUGAGCAACAGGAAUUUGAAGAAAACCGCCAAAACCCACAGAAGCAUCACCCUAUGAAUCUGGCAAGACAGCAGAGUGUUGCGGACUCUUUGGCUGAAAAUCUAGUCGAGGAUGAUCAUGUUUGGUAUCCCCAUAUCUUUGAACGUGAACACCAAGUCAAUUCAUUGCAUACAGACAGCCCAAUUAAACCUAACGAUACUGCAAACAUAUCUGUAGCAAAUGAUGAUACAAACGAGAUUUACUGCAGGGAGUGCUUUAAGACUAUAAAAGGAUUUGGACUAAGAUGCUUUCAGUGCAAAGAUAGUAUCCAUUAUAACUGUUCAAGCGCUGUUACGGAUAUGAAGGACCAGGGAAUCAUGUUUUACGUAAAGACUGGUGGUAUACAAAAACUACUAACCCCCCAAUUUUGUCCUAUCCCUUCACAACCUCGUUUCCGUGAUAUGGUUAAUCGCGGUAUAUUGGGUUGGACAGCUAAAUCAAAUUCAACUAAAGUUUGCUUACUUGGACAUACAUUCAAUCUUGUUAAUUUGUAUACUGUCAUGAUAUGUGCCUGUUGUGGAUUACCGUUAUGGGGUAUUUCUCAACAAGGAUAUAAAUGUACUGAUUGCAACAGAUUUGUUCAUCCUCAUUGUAUUGCUGAGGCUGAAGAACUGAAUAGUUUUUCAGACUUGAAAUGUCGAAAAAAACCCACUUUACAGCAAUUUCAGGCUUGUGUCCCUUACCAGCCAUUAUUGGAAAGUGAUAUCCAAAUUUCUGAAACUGAUUUGGCCAAAAACUUAUCAGAAUUCUACGGCGAUGCUUUACCUCUCAACGAAGAAUCUUUAGAGGGCAGGGGGUUUGAAGAAGUCAGUACUAUAUUGAACACAUUAAUGCUUCAAGAAAAUAUUUUGCACAAUGGCGUAGCAGCUGGCUGUAUCCUAAUUAUUCGUGACACGAGCGAUCCAUUUAUAUCACCCCAAAAGUCUUCGGGUUCAAAAUGGGAGGAAAAGUUACCCCAUUGUAGAAUGCUUGCAAAAUCUACCAGUCUUUGUAAAGCUUAUCUAAGCUCUGGAAAAUGCAAAGGAUCCACCUUUUUUGACGAUUUCUAUAAUAAUCAACUUCGCGACUCCGAUGAUUGUAUCUUAAGCAAAGAAGAAUAUUUGGGUCAUCUUAGUGCUAUGAUGAAAUGCCUAAAAACCUCAUUUGCUAAUAAUAAUUUUGCAGCAACCGCUAUUCCAUCUAUUAGCACUGACAAGAGGCGAUCCGCUGGAGACUCACGUGGAUUUCUACAAGUUUCACCUAACCCUUUUACAGCUUGGGAUGACGAAGAGGAUGAUUUUACCGAAGGAAAUGUGCCUAACGAGCAUUUGGACCGAUCUAUUAUCUUAUCAUGGGUUAUGACAAAUUUGAAUUUCAAGAGUCGAAAAGCUGCUGAAAUCAUACUACAACACAUGCGCAAUCUAGGUCUUUUCGAAAGAUUUGACGCAUCGCCCAUUUUGUUCAAUUCGGAUGCGACUAAACAGGAAGAUAAGGUCGUUCAAUGUAUCUUCCCUGUCCCCUAUGCUAUUGAUUGUUCGGCCAAUGUCGAAUCUUUAAUUAACUCCAUUGAUGCCUCUUUACAAGAUGUAGAUUUAUCUAUAAACGAAUGUGGUUUGUCACUGCUAACAAGACGCUGUUCUCCAGAUCCUUUUAUGUCAAGUUAUACAACCGAGCGAUUGGUCCAUGCAAUCGUUUCUUGGACAUUUGAUGAAGAUGAGCGACUGUUAGCACUUCAUGCUGAGUUAACAUCGGGGAACAAAAGCUCAAGCCAUCAACAUAAAAAGCAGCAUAAUAGACGAGUCCAGGCUGCAUUACUAGCGCGUAUAAAAGGCGACCAUAACGUAACUGGUGAUCGUCAACAGCAAAAUGCCUACAUUCGUAACAAAACAGGCGGUGUUAGCAGUGGGGCUAGUAGUAAUUAUGUUACAAUUAGAGCAGCUUUAAGAGAUCGAUAUGUUGUAAGCUGGAUGAAAAAAGUACAUGAUAUGGACAUCGCAGCUUAUACGGACAUGCUAUUCAAUGCCAUGGAUAGCAUAAUUGAUAACAACCGUGAGGAUUGUGCUGUACCAAAUUGGGAGGAACCCAACGAUACAAAAAAACACGUUAUGCAAAAAUACGAGCAUUUAGAGAAAGAACCUGUAGACAUCCGUCAUUUGGUAAAACUGUGCUCGUCUAGAAGUUCUUCUAAACCAUUGGGGUUACAAAAUUCUAUAGGAGAAUCAACACAUCCUAUGGAGAUGAUCAUCGCACAAUUCAAUACAGGAGAUAAAGAAAGCAUUGAUCGUGGUAUGCGUUGGCUGUCACUUAUCACGCAUUCCGGCACUGGUAUUCCAGCUAAUUCUUUAGCUCAGAUCGCGAGAUUAAUUGUUGCAGCACGUACACCACUGUCCAUAGUAGCAGAAUUUAUCAAACUUGUUUGGUUUCAAGCUGUCAACAUUACAAAUGUCGCUACCCCUCGUGCAGCAGUAAUCGAUGUUAUUGGUUAUUUAAACGAGAUUUCUAUGGAAACUUUGAAUGACCACAAUGAAAACCAAGCAUUAUCUGAAAAAAGCCUGACCAGUGCACAGACGUUUAUAAAAUAUUCUGCCGCCCUUGCUUGCUAUGCAUAUAGUUGUCCUCUGGAUAAUAUUAAUGACCUCGAUAUUGUGCCUCAUACUGGAAAUCAUGUCUCUCAAAUAACGUAA